UUCAGUCAUUACAACAAAAUGUAAGGACCUCUGAUGUCUUCUUAGAUUAGAGAGACCUAAAAAGUUAUCUUGUAGGAGGUGGACCUGGAAGGAGGUGACCUGGAAAAUAGAGUGUCAUCUUUCUCAAGUAGCUGGUAGGAGGUGGACCUGGAAGGGCCGAUUAUCUUGUUUUGAGUUUAAAUGGAAAGCUUGGGUUUCAAUGUUGAAGACUUGAAGGCGAAGUGCAUAAAUGGAAUUAACUCGCCCAACUCGUAACGCCAAUUUCAAAUUUCACUUUUUUUCCUCCCAAUUUCAAAACGUAGAGGAUUCCUUUGAUUCCUCCGCCAAAUUACCCUCUUCCUCCGGCUAAUUCUGGUUUCAGGCCGUUAAUGCGCUGAGGAUUCCCACGGAUGGCGACUUCUGCUUUCAAAUCGACGACCAAGAGAGCUCCCAUCGGCGGCGUCUCCGGCGAGGUCUCCUCCUCCUGCUCCUCCUCAUCCACCAGCUCAUAUUCCGGGAAUCGAGCUAAUCGCCGGUCGAGGAGUCUCAGCCGGUUCUCGCGGAGGCUUCCGUUCGGUGAGGAACCACCAGAGGCUGCCGCCAGCUCAGGUUUUGAGCCCACUCCUAGGAGAAAAUUCGUGAACACUGUCCGAGGCUCCGGCUCCGGCUCGGCGUUUCCGGAGAUCAGUCUCGAUGAUCUCGCGCAGGAGUUUUUCUCCAGGAGGGAUGAGGAGAUUGAUAGCAGUGAUCCGGACCAUGCUCGCUCGGCCAGGCGGGGCUCCGACAUUGGUCGUUGGGCGAGCGAAACGGCGUCGUCACAAAGGCGUGGGAGGUCAGUGUCCAGGCAAAGCUCGAGGAAUAGUGGAGAUAGGAAGAGCAUUGUUUCUGAUCGUUCACGGGUUAGUAAUGGUCUUCCUGAGAAGGCUGAGAGCAAUUCCAGGAGGCGGCGAUCUGUUUCGUCAGUUAGGUAUCAGAUUAGCGACUCUGAGAGUGAUGCUGACCAUUCUCGCAAACAAGGAACCCUGGGUACCACCAAGAGUCUCGGCAAUACAAACAAUGGGAUUCCUUCAUAUAAGUCAACAGCUGUGAAUGGUCCACGAUCGAGAAGGCCAAUAAACCAAAAAGACCCUUCGCGUUUACAUGAUGGAUACUCUAGUCACUCUUCUGCCCUAACAGAUGAUGAAUUAAAAGACCAUUCUGGUAAAAGUCUGAAUGAGAAAAUCAUUCAUGCUGUUUAUUCCCAGAAACAGGCUGAACACCCUACUCAAGAUGACAUAAAUAGUGGGUUAUAUGAAGCAAUGAAGAAAGGACUUAGAUAUGCUGUUGAAGAAUUCAAAGUUGAACUUGAACAAGGCUUGACAAGGAAGAGUGGCAACCACUCUCAGCUGGAUUCUGCCAUUAGAAGCACUUAUGUUGCAAGGUUGGAAGAGUCUGAAAAGCACAACCAAGACAUUCUAGCUGAAAUGCUGGAUGAUCAAAAGGGUAGGGAGCUUUCUAGGAUCAUCGCAAAAAAUUCUGCUGCUGAGAUGAAGUCAUCACGAACUAGGAAUGGCAGGAAGGUGUGUCUUCAGGCUAUUACUUAGAUUGCAGAUUGUUGUGUUGCUGUUAAAAAUGGUCCAGUGCAUCCCAAAUGGCUAAGUACACAAUUUAUAUAUUAGAAUAAAACCCUGUAGGCAACCGAUUCACGCACCCCUCAGCCCAACCUAAGCUGAGCAACUUAGGGGGGGAUCAAUGGAAUCAAACUAAUCCCAAAACAGGCCCUAAACCAUCGAGCAGGCAGACACCUCACAAACCACCAUUAGACCAGGCAAUGAUGUUUUAAAAUUGGGUCUAACUCACUUCAAAUGGUUGAGAAGGAUCUUAAGAGAUGACUUAAACCCAUUAGACAACUAAUAUCGGGCACUCAAAAGAUGCACCUAAUAAAUUUUAUUUAUUCUU